GCGACGUCAUCAUGGCCGGCUUACGCCAGAACUGAUUCGUAGUAGAAAAAGACAAAAAUUUUGACAAUGCGACCGACCAGCCAGAGUCUUGUCUCCGGGCGGACGAUCGCGGGAGACGGCGGCGGGGGUCCGCUACUUAAUGCGGCAGAAAGCAGACCAAGGUCACGGCUCAGGUCGAAUCGCAGAAGCGUGAUGUUUUGUUCUCGAACAGGUGUAGUGGCGCUCAUGGCCACAACUGGGGCAAUAUCACUACCAGCAGCAACAUUCGUUGCCGCCCAGGAGAUGUUCCCCAAGCAAAACGGGAAUGGUGCUGCAGCGGCACCACAAAUGCAAAUGAUGCACCAGCAGCAACAGGUAGAACAACAGCAACAGCAGCAACAGAUCCAGGCCCAGGCCCAGCAAGCAUCCGCCCAAACCACAAACUUCGACCACGUGACGAAUCUGCUUUUAACCGCCCGGCAAAGAUCCACGAGCCAAAAUCUCUCCUGCGCGCCGAGGGAAAGUGAUAAUCCCGGCAGUAAUGUUGAUCCGGUUCUGAAUGUUUUCAUGAUGUGGCCGGGGUCGCCGGAGACAUUUUUGACCGAGUCCUACGCGUAUCAACUGUAAAAAUGUCUGGGUCUGGAAGAAUCCAGCUUGUCAUGCAGAUUUUGGAUUCUAAAAAAAUCUGUAUUGCAUGAGCAGCAUAGAGAGUCCAAGUUUUGCUACACGGAAAGAGCAUUUGUCAUGCGGUAUAGGCAUCAGGAAGCCCUCACAAAAUCUGUGAUGCUAGGGCAUGCAUCACAGACAUCAGGAGUCAUGCUUAAUGUGCAUGGCAAACCUGGCAAUCUUCCAGACCCAGACAUUUUUACAUUUGAUAGCGCGACGUUAGAAUCCGUUCUCUUCCACCACCCAAAUGCAAACAUCUACGUGCUGAAUUUACCAGAUGGUUUUUUCGCUGAGAGGUACAACACGGAAGCGGGGUACUGUGUCUUCUCCGUCCCGUAUGACGCUGCACAGCUUUUCCUCUCCCUUGUUUGUCAUGCAAAAUACCGAGUCCACCUCAUGACUUUAAGCAUUGCGCGCAUGACAAGGUUUGGACGCCGGAAGAGGACUGCAUUGCCUGUGUUGCUGCUCAUGCUAUACAAAUGAGGGGGAGGUGGAGUUGUGCACUCUCAUAUGCCGCUAGAUUGGAACGUCAUUCGGGAUAUCAUUUUCGUGGCCCUCGGGAAGUUGCACAGCGGGUUCAGCCUGGACAUGAUUUAUCCUGAGUAAAAACGUCCCCACCCCAUAGUCAAGAUGGGAAACAGCUAGACAAAUCCGUCAGCUUUGGUUGCUUCGCAUGACAAGCUUGCCCUCGUAGUGUAAUCCUGUUGAGGUAGUUAUUAAGCAGCGUCACAGAUCUAGAGUACCAUGCUGAUUCUAGCAUCACAAGUUCCACAACACGAAUAGAAACUGCUUCUCAUGGGUCUCCGCAUGAGAAACACCUUGAGCAUGCAGAUUCGCAUGACAACUCUGGGGUGGGGACGUUUUCACUCAGCAUAUGAUCUCCGAAUUUCUCUACACCAUGCAGAACACCCCGGACCCGCCACUGACCAUGGGGGUAGUUUGGAACGCUUUGAUCUUUUCUAUCGCAAUAAAAAACUGGUUCACUGUAAACUUGUGAUGCCUAGAACGGAGCGCAAAUGUGUUUGUCUUGCUACACAUGCAACACAAACACAUUGGAUUUCUAGCUGUGUUUUCCCUUAGGAAGCACGCAUGGACGCCAAGUCUUCUUUGUCAUGUGUAGCAAACUUGUGAUGCAGAUCUUGCAAAAUCACCACAGUGAUACAGUUUUUUCGUGGGAUAUUUUCUCUUCAGCAUUUGUUCGGUGGAUUGUUCAUCCCGUUGGAUGGAUUACUUGUCGGUGCCAUUGACCAAUUUCUGGAUUCGAAGAUAGAGAAAACACUGGUUUUCACGGAACGAAUCCUUCCGGAGAAGCUCCCCUGGGGCUUAAAGUUCGAAGAAGUGAAGCAACCACGAUCCCUAUCCUGAGAAAAAACGCCUCCACGACCCCAUAGUCAAGUUGCUCGGAUGAAUCUAGCAACACAGAUCUCCAAGUUUUGGGAGCUGUGCAUGACAAAAUUCCCUUGGCAGUGUAGUGCUGGUUGGCAAGGUGGGAAGCCGCAUGAGGAAGCUAUUUUCUCAUCCUGUUUACAGCAUGACAAAUUCCAAAACACAACUGGAAAUCAUGCCUCUCAUGAAGCUGCGCAUUACAAAUCGAUUCCUGUCAUUGCGCAUAUGCAGGACAACUCUGGGGAGGUGGGGACGUUUUUUCUCAGGAUAAUCCCCUACCGACUUGGCGGACCUGGAAACGGGGAUUUGCGGCGACGUGCAGAUGUGCUUACGGCACAUCCCAUUGGGACACACAGUUGGGAGAGAGUACGUGCAUUUCAUCGUGGACCAAGUCCGAAAUUGGAAAAACGGGUCGCCGGAUUUGGAAAAAUUCGGCACGGAGAAGAUGAGGUCGUGGAUGACAACCCCAGUACAAGAACUUGAGAACCCUAAUUCAUUGUCAACAGACGGAACGCAGCAAACGGCGAAGCUCACUCUCCUCCCCCAUUGGGUGAUUCAGGAACCUACUUUCGCCGACGGGUAUAACGCACAUAUCUUAGUCGGCCCGGAAAAGCAAACCGAACUGUAUAUGACCUGCUCAAACGUUACAAUCUCAAAGGUUACAAUACAAGCUGGGAUUUGUCUUGCAUGAUGAGCAUGACAGACUCGUCGCAGAGCAUUCCACUUUCUGCAGUACAAGUUUCGCCAGAUUAUAGUGCGGUUUGGAGCUGCUCGGAAACUUGUCAUGCGUAAUCCUGUGGAAAGAGGCUAGAUCUUAUCAUGCACUCUUGCAUCACAGAUUUCCAUAUUCUAUUGUAACGCUUGCGAUUGUAAGACCUGCGCGGGUUAUACUGUACACACCGAGAUUCCAACGCUCGAGUUCCGACUGGACGUUGGUGUCUACCGCGAAGUUGUGGCUGCCGUUACGGUAUGGGCAGAUAUCCAGCCGAAACGCGCUUCGCUGGUCGGUCAUGGACAGCGCAUUGCUCUUGCAGUCGUUGCACUUGUCCCCCUACCCGUACCGGACCGCGUUUUACAAUCACGACUGGGAGAAACAUUAUUUCAAAGAUAACAGUUACCACUUACUCAUCGGCAUUUCGGACCAGUACCGGAAUUUCGCGCAAUCCGGUCUCAACGAGACCAUCCAGGCGGGGAUUUCCGAGGGCGCCUACCCCGGAAUAGUCGGCGGCUUCCGCACGUUCGGGCGGAUCCGGGUGGUUGGCAGAAGCUGGAAAGGCGUUUGGAAAGAGUCGAGGGCAUUGAUUGCGGGGGAUAGUCAACAACAAACAACUCAACCGGCGAACAACAACCAGGUUGCUGUUACCCCACCAAAACCUGAAGACGCAUUUCCCUACUCCGGCACGAUCGCGGAGACGCAGACUCCGAACCAGCUGCGGCUGCGGAUUAUGCAUUACAGAAGUGUCGUGCCACUGCAAAUCGCAUGAGAAAUUUUCUUAAGAGAAAGAGUUGAGCUUUGAUGUCAUGCUGAGUUGGGUAAGAAAACAGCAGGUCUGUCAUGCAUUCUUUCGAUUAGUACCACGAGCGCGAUGCUUUUGCAUGGGAUACGGAUCACGGUGAACAAAAACGUGGAGUUUUUUUGCCGCAACGCCGCGAUUUCUUCACAGUAUGAGUGGAAGGAUGAAAAAUUGUUUGAGAAAUGCGAAAACGCGCUGACAUCUUCUUCUGCGGGAGCAGCUGGUAUUUCUUACUUCUCAAGUAGUCGUGCAGCGCCGAAGAACGUUUUCAAUUUUUGCGGCACCAGCCAGGAAAUUAAUUCCAUCGUUAUCAUUCGUAAAAACGUCCCCACCCCAGAGUCAAGACGGGGAUUUUGCAACACAAACCUGAAAGUUUUGGGAGCCACGCAUGACAAGUUGCAGGCUGUAGUGUAAUGCAGUUUAGCAAGGGAAGCCGCAUAACAAAUCCAUCUCCUUAUUCUGUUGACAGCAUUACAACUUCCAAAACGCGAUGGGAAAUGCCUCUCAUGGGGAUGCGCAUUACAAAUGCUCUUGUGCUUGCAGAUCUGCAUGACAACUCUGGGAUGGGGAUGUUUUUGCACAGGAUAAUCGUCCGGAUGUUGAGCUACCGGGGAAAUUUCGACCACCAGAAGGAGUUACUCGAGGAGGAGGAAGUUGCGCGGGCGGCUGCAACCGCUUUACAGCACGGAAUGAUCGAUCAGCCAGAGGACGCGCAGAACAACAAAAUCAGGGAGAAAAUCAACCAGCACUACGGCACGGCUAGUUUCACGCUAUUUCAGAACUGUAAAGUCGAGGACGAGAGCUACGAAAACCUCACCCUCGACCAGUACAAGGGGAUUCAGAUUGGGGAGAAGUUGUUCAAACAGCAGCAAAUGUCAACCACAACGACCACCACGACCACAGUCGAAACGACGGAAACCGAGGAGAUGACGCCAUUACCGGGGAUCCUCACCGGGCCGGUGAACCUGCCCCAACCGGGCGGCGCUUUGUCCGCGAAGGAGAUCGAGGAGAAGUUUGGGCAUUUGGAACGGAAAAACGUGUUGGAUUUCCGAACGGUGCAGAUUCUACUCGACAAUCCAGAAGAAGUGAUCACGAUCGCGGCGCACAGCGCGAGCCGGUGUUGGAUGCUGGACCGGAUGGAAGUGAGUUUGAAAACCAGUUACCCGAACAUGAAAAUCAUCGGGACGUGCGAAUGUGCGGAGGAAGGUAGAGUUGGAUGUUUUUUUUUUGUGUUGCAGGAUGUCAUGUCUAGAAAAAAAAAAUCCAAUAGAAAUUCUCCAACGCCCCAAUAGAAAUUCUCCGUAUAGAGAAUCUCCCGCGUCGAAUCUAUCUGCUCCCGCUUUGUCUUCGGUUGCGUCAGUCUGCUCUUCGCCUUCGCCUGGCGCAAAGAAAAGCUGUUGACCUUCCUCUGGCACAAAAGCCCACUCCCGCUUGACUUUUUCAAAGUGCUCUUUUUGUUCCGUGCCCAUGGACGGGGAAAAAAGUUCCUGUGCAUGUUUCGGCCUCUGGGGGUUCAGCUUUUUCUUCUUUUUUUGCCCGCCGUCAGUUGCGGGGAAAGAAAGAAUAACUCCGCACCGACCUGGCGGCCGGCGUAGGGGAAAUAGAGAAUAUUGCGCACACUCUGCGCGCGCGGGCUUUUUUUUGAGCGGCCAGACGCUCUUGCUCGCCGAUGCGCGGCAUCUGGCGGCGUGGCGGAAAUGAAAAAAAUUUCUGCGCGCUGCGUCGCGGGGGCUUUUUCUUGUGAGCAGCCGGGCGCCCCUUUUCGCCGGCCCGCGCACCACAUCAAUCUUGCGGCGUGCUGGUAUCGAAAAAUAAAUAUGCGCGCCGUCGCCAGCGCCCCGCGCUUUGUAGCGAUGCGGGAUCGAAUUCAAAAAAUUUUCGUGCGCUGCGUGCGCGCGAGCUUGUUUCUCUGAGCGGCCGCGCGCUCCCGUUGCAUGCCCGCGCGCCGCGCUUGGUGGCCAUGCGGAAUCGAAUUCAAAAAAUUUUUGCGCGCUGCGCGCGCGCGAUUUUGUUUCUCUGAGCGGCCGCGCAUUCCCGUUGCCCGCGCGUCGCGCUUGGUGGCCAUGCGGAAUCGAAUUCAAAAAAUUUUCGCGCGCUGCGCGCGCGCGAGGUUUUUUCUCUGAGCGGCCGCGCACCCCCGUGGCCCCCCCGUGCGCCGCGCUUUGCUGCGAUGCGUGUGGAAGUGAAUUCAAAAAAUUUUCGCGCACUGCGCGCGCGCGAGUUUUUUUCUUUGAGCGGCCGGGCACUUCCACCGCCCGCGCGUCGCGUUUGGUGGUGGUGUGGGAUCGAAUUCCAAAAAAUUUCGUGCGCUGCGCGCGCGCAAGUCCUUUUCUUUGAGCGGCCGCGCGCUUCCGUUGCCCGUGCGCCGCGCUUGGUUGCCAUGCGGAAUCGAAUUCCAAAAAUUUCCGCGCGCUGCGCGCGCGCGAGUUUUUUUCUUUGAGCGGCCGCGCACCCCCGUCGCCCUCCCCGGGCGCCGCGCUUGGUGGCGCGUGAUGCGCGUGGAAGUGAAUCGAGAAAAUUUUCGCGCGCUGCGCGCGCGCGAGUUUUUUCCUCUGGGCGGCCGGGCACUCCCAUCGCCCGCGCGCCGCGUGUUGUGGCGGUGUGGGAUCGACUUCCAAAAAAUUUCGCGCGCUGUGCGCGCGCGAAUUUGUUUCGCAGAGCGGCCGCGCACCCCGGCCGCCCGAGCGCCGCGCGUCCCUGGUGGCGAUGGGUAUGGGGCCGAAUUCAAAAAAAUUUCGCGCGCUGCGCGCGCGCGAGUUUUUCUCUCUGAGCGGCCGCGCACCCCCGUCGCCCGCGCGGCGCGCCUGGUGGCGAUGGAUGCGGAAUCGAAUGCAAAAAGUUUUUGCGCGUCUUUUUCCUUGGCCGGUCGCGUAUUUUCGUCGCCCGCGCUUCGCGCUUGGUGGCGAUGUGGGGUCGAGCUACAAACUUUUUGCGCGCUGCGCGCGCGCUUUUUCUUCUACUGGGCGGCCGCGCACUCCUUUGCGCGCGCCACACAUGGUGGCGCGUUUGCUGGGAUUGAAAAAAAGCUCUCGCGCAUUUUGGUCGCGCGCGCGGAGUGCGGAGGGGAUGGGUUAAAUUCUCUCGCGCGGGCUGCAGCCAUGCGUCGCGGUUGGAUCGAUGGAAUGGGAUAAAUUCUUCUGCGUUGCGCGCCUGGUGUCCGUUUUUUCGAGCAGGCGGCGCGCGCUCCUUUUCGUGCGCCGCGACCCCCCGGCGUUGUUUGCGGGAGUGGAAAAAAAAACUCCUCGCGCUCCGCCCGCCUGGGCUUUUUCUUUCGUGCUGGCUCCCUUUUUCUGCGCGCCGCACCUAGGUGGCGGCGGACCGACGGUGUGGGGGCCAAAAAAAAAUUCGCCCGCUGCGCGCGCAGGCCACCUCUCGGGCAGGCGCGUGGGUGUUCUCGCAUGCCGUGUCUGGCGCCGUGGGUGGGAGGCCGCUAAGUGGGUCCAUCAAAGAUUUUCGAGGAGCGCCGCGCGCUCCUACGUUAUCACGCGCCACACCUAGCUGGUGUGGGCCUGCGUCGCGAAGAUAAUCGCGCGGGCUGCCGCUAGACGGCCGGGCUGCGCCCAGGCUUUGCAGGCUAGCGAAGCCUUGGCUGAGAGGCUGGCAGACUAGCACCCAGGCUUUGCAGGCUAGCAAAGCCUGGGUGCCAGGCUGGCAGGCUAGCAAAGCCUGGGCGCCAGGCUGGCAGGCUAGCAAAGCUGGGGCGCCAGGCUGGCAGGCUAGCAAAGCUUGGGUGCCAGGCUGGCAGGCUAGCAAAGCCUGGGUGCCAGCAGGCUGGCAGGCUAGCAAAGCCGGGGUUGCCAGCAGGCUGGCAGGCUAGCAAAGCCUGGGUUGCCAGCAGGCUGGCAGGCUAGCAAAGCCUGGGUUGCCAGGCUGGUAGCCAGGCUUCCUGGGUUGCUGGCUGGCAACCUAGCAUCUCAGAUAGAGAAAAAUCUCUAUCCCAGAUAGAGACUCUCUAUCCCAGAUGGAGAAUCUCUAUUUGGGAUGGAGAGUCUCUAUUUCGGCUUCGCCACUGGUGGAGGAGCUGCUGAAAUAUAGUAAAAAACAUGUGGGAAAACAGUAAGAAACAGAAAAAGAAGAAAAAAGAAAGAAAAAGAAAGAAAGAAGAAGAAAAAAAUGAUACUCUUUAUCCAGAAUUUCUAUUUUCCUCAGAGAGUCUCUAUUUCAAAUAGAGAUUCUCUUAGAUUUUCUAUUUCGAGAGCCUGAUGUGUCGUGGAAAAAAAAAUGGUUUUUACCAUGCUGAUCAACUACAUGACAAAUUUCAUCUUUUAUGUCAAAAAUUGCCGAAAAACUUCUACACCAGACCCCGUCUGCGACCCGACGCCGAUCAAGAAGUCGGACAUUCUCACCAUCUAUCCCGUCCCCUACGAUUUUGGGUUAUCCCAGGGCAAAUAUGCAUUGCAAAAGUGUCUGGGUCUGGAAGAGUCAUGCUGUUUUUGCAUGACACAGAAGGUCUGCCAUGGAAGCUGUAGCAUCACAGGUUUCGAGAGGCUUCCGCAAUGCCGAAUCCGCAUGACAAGUCCCUCACUUCGGUGAAAGAAAGUGUGCAGCUUUUGCUACCUAUGCAUGAGAGAUUUUUCUGUGUUCUGAAAUGCGCAUCGCAAGUUUUUAUUCUUCCAGACCCAGACAUAUUUGCAAUCCAUAGCGAAACGCGGCUGACAAAUUUGGUCACGACGAAGUACUUGCUAAUCCUGGACGACGAUUUCGUGCGCACCCAUCACACCUGCAUUGAGUGUAUGCUGGCGAAGAUGUACAGCUAUUGGCACACCAGUUUCCUCCCCCUGGACCUGGUCGGCUUCCCCGUUUUGGAAGACGAGAGGAACUUCGGCGCGUACCGGGGGAAGUUCCGGUUGCAGAACACGGCGCUGUUUUUAGAACCCUUUUACCACCAAAACGCCCCGGAUGGGUGUAUCCGGGUGGACUUCUGUCCCAUGGUGUACUUGGCCCGGAAAGCCAGAAUGGCGACGUUUGAGUGGAAGAAGGAAUUGAAGGUGGGAGAGCACGAGUAUUUUUUAUCAACUGCAAAUAUGUCUGGGUCUGGAAGGAUGCAAACUUGUGAUGCUGUCUUUGGAUUCUUAAAAAAUUUGUAUUGCAUGACCAGCAAGAGGAGUCCAGUUUGUACUACGUGGGGAAGGCAUUUCUCAUGCGUCACAGGCAUCAGGAAAUCCUCUAAAAAUCUGUGAUGCUGGACCAUGCAUUACAGGCAUCGGGGGUCAUGCAAAAUAUGCAUUGCAAACCUCUCACUCUUCGAGACCCAGACAUUUUUGCACUCGAUAUUUCUUCUACACGAACAAGUUAAAGGGGAUCCAAACCGGGGUUUGCUUCGACAGUAGCUUCGCCCACGCUCGGCACAAGCCCAGCACCGCGGUGGCGAAUUACCAGGGCAGGAGAGACAGGUUUUUGGACCUUAUUAUCCUGUGUAAAAACGUCCUCGCCCCAGAGUUGUCAUGCAAAUCUGCAUGCCAAAAAAGCCUCUCAUGCGGAGCCCCAUGAGAAGCGUUUUCCAGUUGUGCUUUGGAAUUUCUGAUGCUACAUUCAGCAUGAUAUGCUAGAUCUGUGAUGCUUCUGAACGACCCCAACAGGAUUACACUACGAGGACAAACUUGUCAUGCGAAACAACCAAAGCUGCCUAAUUUGUCUAGCAGAUUUUCCAUCUUGACUCUGGUAGGGGGACGUUUUUUACUCAGGAUACUUAUGAUGGGCGCUUUUGGGGUUGGUGGAAUCACAAGGGUCAUGUAUCUGUUUCGGACUUAUCAGGUAUAGUGCUUUAUUGACAUUAUUUGUGAUGCAUAAUCGCACUUGUGUUUUAUCGCUGGUUUUGUGGAUGCGGCAUUACAAACUCGGUUUCUAAUACGCAAAAAACCACAACUUUCAGAUGACCGAAACCAAGGAUUUCGACGAGCUAGCGGACCGCGAAGUCGUAUGAAAUGCCAAAGCAUCGUAGUCGUAUGAAUUUGCAUUACAAAUUACCAGCCAUGCUCCGGCUGCCGCCGGAGCGCAAGGCUGUCGGGCCGAGGCAAGACUGUUUGCCGAUUGGACCGCAACACCACGGGCCUGCGCAUAGCGAAACGUACUGGAAUCCUGCCGCCUGUUUGCGUUGCGCCAACCCGCAGGACCGCUUGCGCGCUUCCCGCGCCUGUGGGCGCUCUGCGCAGGGAGCAGCUGCAAAGAACACCGGGGGCGAACAGAAGCCGCCCGGCGCGAGAGGGUAGGGCGAGAGGGUGGCGCGAGAGGGUUGCGCGAGAGGGCGGCGCAAGAGGGUGGCGCGAGAGGGUGCGCGAGAGGGUGGCACGGAAAGACGCCGAGCAAAACAAGUCCGCGAAUGGUCUGCAGUGCGAAACAUGGGCAGCACCAUGCGGAUUUGCGCCCAUUUCUUUCUGUUUUUACCCUCUCGCAGACCUCUCGCAGACCCUCUUUUUGACCUCUUUUGGGGGUCCCCGCUAAUAAUCCGGCUAUACUCGCCAGUAGAGGUCUACAAAGGUGGCCGAGAGGUGGCCCAGAGGGUGCGCGAGAGGUCUCCCCUUAUUCGCGCAACCUCUCGGCACCUCUGUCCACCUCUCGCUUGCCCUCUUUUUUACCUCUCGGCACCCUCCGAGGCGCUUACCGGCCCUAAAGGGCGAGCGGUUCGGCGGGCUAUACUCGCGCCCCCUCUCGGCCACCCUCUCGAAUGACCUCCCGCGCCACCUCUCCACCUCUGUCGACCUCUUUUUUACCUCUUUUGACCUCUUUUUGACCUCCCUGCCACCUCUCGUUUACCCUCUCUAGACCAGUAUUUUCGCAUGAAUAUAAUAGAUAGUAAUCCCAGCAUUACAAAUUUAGUUUGUAAUGCUGAUUCAGCUUGAAAAAGAGAUUUGUAAUGCAUAAAUGCAAUUACUACGAGUGCGAUACUUUUGCACAGGAUAAGUCGCGCCCUGGGACAUCUCGGACGACACUUGCGGCCCGAGUCAAGAGCCGGUCGCCUAUCCUAUGUAAAAACGUCCCCACGACCCCAUAGUCAAGAUGGGAAAUCUGCUAGACAAAUCAUCCAGCUUUGGUUGCUGCGCAUGACAAGUUUGGCCUCGUAGCGUAAGCGUGUUUACGUAGUUCAGCAGCAUCACAGAUCUAGCAUAUCGCGCUGAUUGUAGCAGCACAAAGGCGAAAACACGACGCGAGCAUGCUUCUCAUGGGGCUCCGCAUGAGAAACAUUUUGAGCAUGCAGAUUUGCAUGACAACUCCGGGGAGUAGGGACUGACGUUUGCACACGUGAUAUCGCCCCCUUCGUGGUUCUCUUUGUCGCCUUGCUGUCCGCCCCGGAGAAUUCGAAGCAACGCAUCUAUCUGAGAACGAAGCAAAACUCCUGGCUGCAGAAGCUGAAGCAGAUGGGGCAGUUGUCCUACUCCUUCAUUGUUCCGGGUGACCCGAGCCAAACGCCCGGGGUGUUGCAGGAACAGGCGACGUAUAAUGACAUGAUUUUCGCCCCUCAUGUCGAGUGGAUUCCGAAGGUGGAAAGGGACAGCUACCAGCGGAAAUACAACAUCCGAGAUAGCGGGAUGAGCCCGGUGUUGGGGCAGCCGUUGAACCAAGAGUUCGGGGGCGGGUUACUGAGGUACGAUGGAUGGUGUGGUGGCUUUUUUUGAUCGUCGUUUUUUAUUUGUGGAGUUGUAGUUGCAAGAACACUUAUUUCCAAAGUGUCCAGAACGACUAUGCAGCAUGAGCCCCUCGCGCAUGACAAUGGUCGAAAUAAUGAUCGUGCCAUUUUUAAAAUCAUUUAUCAGGUUCCUCUUUGAGUUCCUUCGAAAACGGUUCCAAUUCCGCUGGGUGCUCAUCCAAAACGACGAUGUCUACCUCCACCUAGGCACCUUUCUGGACGUAUCCCACAGAAAAAAGCAGGCAGUUCAGAUUUGCAAUGCAAAAAUAAAUACGCACAGAAUGGGUGGCCCCAUAGCGUGCUGUUUAUGAUAUGCAAUACAGAUUUUUUUGCGUAUUUAUUUUUGCAUUAGAAACUGCCAUGCUUUUUGUUUUUUCUGUGUGAUAGGACGCUUUGUCCGAUGCGGGCGAGCCGGAGAACAAAAUCAUAGGCAACCUCUAUGCUGAGCAAAAACGUCCCCACCCCAUAGUCAAGUUGGUAAAUCUGCAACACAAAUCUCCAAGUUUUGGGAGUUGUGCAUGACAAGUUAUCAUCUGCAGUCUUGUGCUGUUUAGCAAGGGAAGCCGCAUGAGAAAACCAUUUCCUCACGCUGUUUACAGCAUUACAAAUGCCAAGACACGAAUGGAAAUGCCUCUCAUGGGGAUGCGCAUUACAGAUGCUCCUGUCAUUGCGCAUUUGCAUGACAGCUCUGGGGUGGGGACGUUUUUACACAGGAUAACCUCUUCACCGAGCCCGCGCUCGCGCCCGAGCAGUCGGUGGAUGGCGUUUCUUUCGUGUUAUCUCGGGAUUUGUUCCAGGUGAUGACGUAUCAAAUGCAAAAAUGUCUGGGUCUGGAAGAUUGCAAAUAUUUGUGGUGCAGAGUCUGCGUCACACAGAAGGUCUGGCAUGCAAGCCCCAGCGACACAGAUUUUGAGCAGGUUUCUCAAUGCCUAAUCCGCAUGACAAAUCCCUUCUUUCGGAGACCAGAAAAAGGACUGCUUUUGCUCCCCGUGCAUGACAGAUUUUUUCAUGAUCUAAAAGGCGCAUAACGAGCUGCAUCUUUCCAGACCCAGACACUGCUGCAAUCCAUAUGACGCAGGCGACGUUUUUGUCGCGCGCAAUCGUGGCGACGACGAUAACCGGAACGAUAAACAAGUGGCUGAUGCCGUUUGAAGUGCAGAAAAUUCAAAUCCCCUACGCGAAAUUCCGGCUGAAGGGGAAUGAGUGCCCCAUGGACGCGGCGUUUUUACAUCCGGUGCACAGCGAGGCGAUGGAGGUGAUGGACUACUACAACCAGCCAAACGAGCCGCCCUGCUCGGUGUUUUACCGGGACCAGGGGGAUCUACCGGGAGCACCACAGGGUGGCGGUCGGGCGGAGCUCUGAUUGAUUCCCUCCUCGCAUCUGGUGCAGCCGUGUGGUGUCGCUGCUGCUACAAUGAGUUUCAAUAGUUCUUUGUGCGUCGAGUUAUAUUCUUCAUUCUAGCAUCAAAGCCAAAAGCAACGACAGGUGAACAGUUUCAAAGGAUCCAAUCAAGCGACCAAGGAUGAUUUUCCAAUGAGAAUACAGAACACGUGGUGAUGAUGUGUAAACAAGGAAGUACUAGCCGGGAGCAGGCCAGUGAAAAAG